UCCGCGACUAUCCGCGCGCGCGCCAAACACAACGACAUGCGAUUGUCCAUCAUCAUCGAGCUGCUCAUCCUCUUCCUCAUCAUCGCCUUCGCGGUGCAGGCCCGAGUCAUAGGCGACGAGAGCAACGAUGCCGUUCGAUCGGUGCCUCGUGCCAUUUCCAAGGCCGAGCCGCAGCAGCCACAACAACAACAACAACAACAACAGCAGCAGCCCUCGGAUACCACCAACAAGUACUGCAAGUGCGCCGAGAGAAUUUGUAACUGCUGCCGAGAGUUUCACAUUCCUUUGGUCCGAUUGGCUGGUCCCGGUUGUGCCUCUCUGCAGUACCUCCAGGACGACAAACUUGCCAUGCAGCUCAGCAUCGGUGACAACAUUUUAUCGAGCAACAUAAUCAAUGGAAAGAGCCCAAAACCUGUUUGCGUGUCGCUGCCAGGAGGUUUUUCCAAAUUUUGCGGAAAAAUUUAUUCCAUAAAAAAAGAUACCGACAAGCAUUUCAAAGCCUGCUUGGGUCUCGAAUUAAGGUCGGCGGCGGAGCUCGAAGCUACACUCCGAGUCAGCUGUUUUCGCUUUGGACCCGAUGGCAUGAAGCUCCGUCCAGCCGAGCCUUUCCCCGCGAUUUCGACCCCGGCGCCAGCCGCGACGUCCGUGGACGACGAUUACGACGAUAUCUUUGGAUUUGACGAGGACGAGGAGGACGAGGACGACAACGACGAUACAGAUUACGACCCGCUCGCCAACGUGCAGAGCGAUGACGCAAAUCUCAGCUCGGCGGCCAACGAUCAGAAUCGAGAGCCGGAACAAGAUAUAGAGGAAGAGGAGGAGGAUGACGACGACGACAUUCUCGGCUUGGGUGCUCUCUUCGACAUAUUUACCGGCGAGCAAACGACCGCGAGCACGACCAAUAAUAAGCCUAAACCUGCGGUACCCUCGAUACCCAUAGUGACGCCCUUCACGAUUCCAAUUGUAUCCGCACCUACGGCAAGUCCCGCUGGCGAUGUCACUGCUGCUGCCUCUGCCAACGACGAGAUCCUUGAAAUAGCUCCCUCUGGGGAUGCAACGAAAAACGGCAAACCUCUGGAUGAAAAAUUCAACGGCAGCACGGAUCUCGACAAUAGCGAAAGUAUCAAUACCGAGGAUGAGUCAGCCAGUAUUGAAUCCGCUCAAGACACCCAAGAUGAUAGCGACGACGAAGGAAGAGGCUCCAGUAGUACCAAUGUCUCCGAUGAAAAGGUUCACAGUGACGAAGAAAGUGAAGAACCGCAAUCUCCGCAUGACAAUGUCUCAAUUAAUUCACAGCUUUCCCAAGAAUCUGAUGAAAGCGCGACGUCAGAUUCGCUACCUGACUCUAAUGCCACAUAAUUUUGACAUUUUCGGAUUUCAAUUUUUUUAUAUUAAGUCUGUGUAAUUACUGUAAAUACUAUUAGAAUUAAAUAAGUUAAGUAUAU